ACUGCAUAUAUUUGGUAGUCUGUGACUGGUGUCGUAUUCGUAUAAUAUUACGAUUUCCUUGUAAAAAUUCUCAAUUAAGUAUCCCAUAAUCUAGUAAUAAAUCCAAGAUUCAUUUUAAUUAUAAAUACUAUCACCAAGCGCACAUAAGACGAUGGCGCUAACAGUGGAUAAACUCACUAACGACGAAAGGUUUAGUGGUGAUAAUGUCCUACAGUUCCUUUUAUAUUUACCCCUUGGUUUGGUGCUGAUGGCAUUUAGAAUAGUUUUGGCGUUAAUACUAUGGAUUGCAGCAAUUAUACUGCCCAAUAAAUCUGCUGUAAGACAGUUAUUAUCUACACUGGCGUGCUGGACGUUUGGUGUUUAUGUCAAAGUAAAGGGCAACAAAGAUCCACGUUGUAGUGUGCUGGUGGCCAACUAUGUCUCGUGCUUAGAUUCAUUAGCAGCUGCUCAUACCCUUGGCACUAUAAGUCUAAGAAAAUGGAAGGUUCCACCAUUUUUUGCAUCAACCCUGGGUAUUAAGAAUGCUGCUCAAUUUGUGAGAAAACAGCACUUCACAGAGAGUCCAAGUAAACCAGUAUUACUACAACCAGAGGGUGGCCCGACAAACGGGAAAGGCCUGCUCAAAUUCAAUGAUUGGUCGUUCCCUAUUGGCAAUAGAGUUCAACCAAUUGCAAUAACGGUUGAACGUCCUUUCACAAAUGUGACGGUCCAUCGUCCAAACGACAAGAUAGAUGUGUUCCCCUGGUGGGACGCGUUAUGGUUCCUAUGGACUCCGUGUUCUGUUUACACCCUGAGGGCCUUGCCAGCACUGGACAGGAAAGAUGAUAACGAUCAAGAAUUCGUCGAUCGAAUGAGGCAGGCCAUUGCUGAUGCUUUGCAGGUGGAGGCGACGCCGUGGUCGCUGUGCGAGGUGUCGCGCGCCCGCCGCGCGCCGCCCGCCGCGCGCCGCGCGCCGCCGCCCGCCGCGCGCCGCGUGCAGGAGGUGCUGCCGCGCGUGCCGCUCGCCGACAUCGUGCGCGACCUGGAAAAAACACGUAGUGUCGACGUGACUAUCACGAAUUUCCUGGAAGGUAUCACACCUUACACGCCGAUACCGGAGCCCGCGGUGGAGCCCCAGCCGAGCACGUCGCAGGCUCCUCCCAAGUACGUGAGCCCCGCUCCCACUGGCGUAUUCUCCAAGUCGGCGAAGGAGCGUCAGAUGAGUUUCCAAGAGAAGAAGGCUCAAAUGAUAGCCGAAGCACGUCAGAGGUACAUAGAGAAACAUGGACUUAAUGUUGCUUCGAAGUGUUGAUUUACAAUUUGCGAAGGUAGGCCAAUAUUUUUUAGAUGACCUUUAAUUGUCGCAUGACUUUUCUGGUCAUGAAGCGAUACGAGCUUCAGAAGUACGAAUGAAUCGUAGAAGUGAAAUUUUUGUGCCUACUUUCUCAAAUAGUCUUCCCAUCGAUACAAAAAAAAAAACUUUGAGGAAUUUAUUUGGCAUUACAUUCGCUUUAUAUAAAAUUGUAUAAAUAAUUAAAUAGUAUAAACAACACACACAUCAUUAAACUUCGCAAUAUAUCAUUUUAUUAACUUUGUCACGACCAUUGUAUAAUAGAUGAUCUCCACGAGAUGGUCUAUCUUUAGCAAAUAUUUUAAUAAUCUUAUUUCCGAGUUAAGUAUCUAUCCGGAUACACAGGAGGAAACUCAAAUGUUUAACUUUAAAAUAUCUUCUUAAAAAGUUAAACUUACAAUAAAAAAUAUGAAUAAGAUGGUAGUUUCAUAAUGUUGUCCGUGUCAACUUAUGAUUAGUGUUGAUAUGUAAUAAUAAUUAUAUAUAACUGUCGAUAAAAACUGACUGUAGUACGAUGACAACGAUAGAAAAUAUUGAUGCCUGAAAGGCGUAAAAAACUAUUCUCACUUUAGCAUUUUAGCACUGGCAGGCUAAAAGAAAAUAUUUGCAAUAAUAAUUUAAAAAGUGUCGUUAGAUGAAAUUAGAAGGGAAAUAAGUAUAAGCUUUAGAAAAUAUUGGAUUAGUAAAAUUAUUUCAUUCGGUAGUCUUAAAGGUGGGAUACGUUAAAGGAUGGUACGACUCCACCAUGAGUGCAUUAUACAAGAUUAUACCUUGCAUAUACAAGAGUAUGAAGUAUGCAGAGGUGCUGGCAAGGUGCUAUGGAUGUGCCCUGAAAUACGCGUUUAUUAAAAAAAUCGUUAAAAAUAAAUGUUAUUAAUAUUUAUUUAUUUUUUAAAUAACGUAUAUUUCUUAUUAUUUACCUUUUCAUACUUCUAACUCAUUCUGUAUACAUUUACGAAAUUUAGUUAUAUUUGUUAAAUUUAUUUCUUUGAUUUGUUACAUUAAAUAUUUUAUUAUUUCUUCUUAUAUAUAAAACGAAUUUAGUUUUACAUUUUCCAUUUUUUGUGACAGUUUUAUUUUUCUUUCUAUUGUAUAUUAAUUGUUUUUUAUCCCAUUAAAGGAUGUUUUUGUGAUUAAAAUUAUUUUUAAACUGAUUGAUAUAUUUUAUUUUUUCUUAAAUUGUUUAUUUCAGUAGUUUCAGUAAAACAAAGUUAAAGUUAAGUUAAACAUACCUCUAUUGGUUUGAAUUAAUUGUCAAAUAAAAAAUGAAACCGUUUUUGCUUAAUCCUUAGCCAAAAAAAGUUUAAAUAAAAAAUACUGCAUGGCUAUGAGACAACAGUACACUAUACACAAUUAUAUUUGAUUUUAUUAUAAAUUGUCUAAAAAUCUAGCACCCGUUAAUAGUUAUUAUUUAUCACCAGCAUCAGAUAUUGUUUUUCCAAAGAUUUUUAUCUGGAAAUAAAACCUCUUUUUUGGUGUUAUAGACGUAUAUUUCAAUAUAUAUUAAAAUUUGGGUCUUUUAUUGAAAAUGGUGUAAUGUAGAUCCUUAAUCCGUGUUAAAUAAUUCAAACAAAAAAAAAUUGGAUUAUAUGGUUAAGGAUUUUGUAUUAUAAUUAUCUUACUCGCACCUAUAUUUGGUAUUUUAAUAAUAAUUUCUAUCGAUACAUUAGUUGUUAAACUAUUUUACUAUUUUUAAAGAAUCAUUAUCUGUUAUUAUCGCUUUAUAUAUGUGAAAUAAAUCUGUAAAAAUAUAAUCAAUGUCAAAUUAAAUAAGGUAGUAAUAUUAACUUUGUAUAAAUAAACGUUACACAAUAUGUUGACGUGAGAUGUUUUUGGAUGUUUUUGAUAUUUUUGAGUAAACAUGUUACUUUACAUUUUAGACUUAGUGUAUGCAAUGUAAUGUUUAUAUUAGUCAUUAGAUCUCAUUAUAUAUUGUUUCAGUAACUCUUACGAAGGCGGAUUUUAUUCAUGAAAAUUGAAUAUUGAAAUAUAUUUAGUGAUAUAUCGAUUGCGAUUUACUGUAACGAUUUCCCUAUUUUGAUUGUGAUUAUAUUUGAUUUACUGCCAAAAAUAUGUUGAAUUUAAAUUUGAGAUUUGUGAUUAUAAUCGACUCAUAUCCUUAGAUUCAUAGCCAUAGAAUUAAAGAACUAAUUCUUCAUUAAUUUUAUAUAGUUUUAUCAUUAUUUUUAGUAUCAUUAACAAUUGAAAAAAAAUACAAGUUUGGUCAUUGCUUUAGAACUUGGAACAGAACACUACCGUGCGCUUUUGAUUAAUCUAUGGGAAUAUUAUAAUUUAGAAUCAAAACUAUAUUCCGAUUUAUAAAAAAAUCGUUGUAAUGAUAUUAGAAGUAAGAAUCCUAUGUAAAUAAUAAAUGUCCGCCCUAAGUAAGUCCUAGUUAUCGAUAAGUCAAAGAAAAUCAUAGAAACUUUGAAUUAACUAGCGACGUUCUAUUGCAAAUUUGAUUACCUAAUAAAGCCUUAUUUAUUAGUAAAUUCCAAAGAAAGGUGAUGCCACAUAAAAUGAAUAUAUAUUUUUACAGAAAAUUAUUUUUAAAAUAUUAUACUGGAUAGGACAAAUUUAGCAAAAAUUAAAAAUGGCGUCUUCAUUCUUAGUGAAAAUAUUUAGUCUGUGCUCAGAAUUCUAGAUUUGCAACUGCCCUAUGGCUUCCAGCGUACCUAGAUUAGAAAGUUUGUAAUUAAUUAUUAUUAAAUAAACAAUUGUUCAAAAAGUU